UCCGAGCGACGAGCACCCUUCUUAUAGCCAGCAGCGAGCAGUUAGAGCACGCAGUGUGUGAGAAGAAAAUCUUUUACUCGAGAAAAUGCCUCUGGCUAAAGACUUAAUGCACCCCACCUUCGACUUGGAGAGGAGGCAGCAUAAGAAGAAAAGACUGGUGCAAAGUCCAAACUCUUACUUCAUGGAUGUGAAAUGCCCAGGUUGCUAUAAAAUCACAACAGUGUUCAGCCAUGCCCAGACAGUGGUAUUGUGUGUGGGGUGCUCAACAGUGCUCUGCCAGCCCACAGGAGGAAAGGCCAGGCUGACUGAGGGUUGUUCUUUCAGAAGAAAACAACACUAAGGGAAAUAAUUGAAGUGGGUCCUUCGAAUAAAAAUAAAUUGUGUCAGUUUUAUCUUUUCAUUGAUUGCAAUGAGUAUAAUGUAAUGUAUAAUGUAAUCUAUCUACAGUGAUUAAUAAGUGGAAGGUAUUUCUACUGUAACACUUGUGAAUAAAAAUAUAGCCAUUUUUUGUACUGUAUUUAGUACAGUAGCGAAAUGUGAUUCUUAAACCCAAGUUCUCCAAAUUACUGAAUUACUUUGAGGUUAAAUUUAAUUAUUAUGGCCAAUGAAUGUGCAACAGUAAGAUUAUUCAUUGUGUAAAAACAAGGGGUGUUGAGAUUGGUUUCACAAAUAAAGAAAAACUUAAUCUCAUUGCUCAUCAGCAUCAGUUUAUUAGAAUACCCACUGCAAUAUAAAAAUUAACAGUGGCCCUAAAAUGGUGCUGUAGAGUUCUCUUCUGAAGUACUGUACUGCAAAAGUAAACAGAAAUUACGAUGAUAAUAUAGUAGUUCAGAGUUAGAAAUGCAACAUGCAAAUGCUUGCUCAGAAAUAAUUGCAUAAUCACACAAGCUGCAAUACACCGUGUACAGGGCGGCACAAUGGCCCAGUGGGUAGCACUGCCGCCUCACAGCAAGAAGGUCCUGGGUUCGAUCCCCAGGUUGAGCGGUCCGGGUCCUUUCUGUGUGGAGUUUUUAUGUUCUCCCCUUAUCUGCAUGGGUUUUCUCCGGGAGCUCCAGUUUCCUCCCACAGUCCAAAGACAUGCAAGUGAAGUGACUUGGAGAUACAAAAUUGUCCAUGACUGUGUUUGAUGUUAAAACUUGUGAACUGAUGAAUCUUGUGACGAGUAACAACAGUUUCUGUCAUGAAUGUAACCAAAGUGUAAAACAUGACUUUUAAAAUCUUAAUAAACAAACACUGUACAUUGUUUCAUUGUUUUCUGAUACUUUUAAAUAAACAACACAUGGUUAAA